ACAUGUAGGAAAAGCUACAUCCGGUAUGCAGUGAAUCACUGCAGUGAUCCCGGCACUGUAGUUCUCUAUGCAUGUUUACGUAGGCCUGUAGCAGGGUACAACAACAUACCAGAUUAUCCCGUCAAUAACGUGUGGCCUGUGCGCCAAAUAUACGAGUAUCGCCACUACCCAGGCCAUGCCCAGUAGUUGAGCACCGACUGCUGCUCGUACAGCAUAGAGACAAUAAUGGAUCGGUAGUGGUAAAAACACAGUGACUGAUGUGACCCAAAUCUUUGUGGAGACCCCAAUGAUACCCAUGGCCAGGCAGCAACAGAAUGUAGUGAACAUAGGCAGCCAAUCGGAUGUCGGAAAGAUGACGUCACGUUCCAGACUCUCCGUCCUUAUACUGAUGCUCGUCCUGACGUUGCUGAGUAUCCUGGCGUACUUGCAGAGUCCGCUCCAAAUUGGUCUUACCAAGAACAUUGUCGUCGGGAAUUUCCCGCCACGUCAGAGGCAUCUAAAUGACAUUGCAAGGACGACACUGCCACAAGACAUGCUGGGCAACAGCACGGAUGAGGACGUUUCCAGAACUAUUUUUAAUAUCGACAAAGACAAAACAGCCCGUCCAACCGAAGACUUGAUGGUCAAAAAAAGCGAAGAACAAAGGACACGAAAAUCAGUUCUUCAUGAAGCUUGUAAACAUUAUGAUAAGCAGACCAACUGGUACUCGCAGAUGAGAAUACCCCCAAACAUUAUAGUGGACGAUGCCCACAAAGUUGUCUACUGCUCCGUGCCCAAAGUAGCCUGUACCAGCUGGAAAAAAGUCUUCCUCGUUUUAAACAAAUCCUUCAAAAAUACAUCGGAAAUCUCGCAGUAUUUCGCCAACCGGGAUGGGCAGAAGAUGCUGAUCAGAUUGAAGGAUCUCCCUGAUGCAGACAUCAACAGGAUACUGAAAUCUUACACCAAGUUCCUGUUCGCCAGGCAUCCAUUCUCGCGAGUGCUUUCGGCGUUUAGGAACAAAUUGGAUCCGGAGUCUACCUUUGAGAGAGCCGAGAUCUGGCAGCGGACGGUAGGCAAACGGAUUCUGGAUGAAUACCGCGAGAGUCGCAAGGCUGGUGCUCCUUUUGACUUGACAUUUGAAGAGUUCAUCAGAUAUCUGACUGACCCAGAGGUACCGCGUAAAAAGUCCAGCAAUAAACACUGGUCGCGAAUCUAUGACCAGUGCCUGCCAUGUGACAUUGACUAUGACGUCAUCGGUAAGUUUGAAACCUUGAACGAGGACAGUGAAUACAUCUUGAGGCUCAUUCACGCCGAUGACGUCAUCUUCCCGGGUUCAGACUCCAGUAGCCCCACGGGGAGUUCCAACCAAACUCGGCUAGAGUCUUACUACAAAGGAGUUCCACUUGUCGACCUACAAAACCUGUACCAAAGGUUUAAGAUUGAUUUCGACAUAUUUGGCUAUGAACCGCCUACUCUUGCGUUCAAGGGAAGUUAACAUCACGUGUUUAAUAUGCAUUCCUAUAAAUAGCACAGUGUGUGACUGCAGAGAUUUACUGACCGAAAUUAUGGGCGAACGUUGAGAAACGUUAUUGAUCCUUCCUGAAACACUAGACAAAAACCAAUCUAUAGGUUAUACCAUGCGAUAGCCGCGUGAUCUCACCACAAUCCAAAUUGUUGCUACUAUAAUGCCAAGCAAGUUUCUACGAUGGCCAACGUCUGACGUCAUUAUUGCAUUGAAAUGUUGUUUUGUAAUUUGGUUGAUAUUAUUCCGUGAUUAAUAUGCAUGUGACGUCAUAGUGACGGAAUGGGCAGUUGGCUCAUUUCACCAAGUUGAAGCACUGUCGAAGGAACGAUCUUGUUCGGGUCAGUAAUUUACAUGUGACCAACAAAAUUGUGUCAUGUGAUAGUUUGUCUCAACUUACUCGCCAAAUAAAUAUUGGUCCUCUGGUGUCACUUACCCAAAGAGAAAUGUUUGCUUUUAGAGACUAUAUUUUUACAUAUAUUUUUAUCCAUGUAUAAAGCAACAAGUGAAGAAAUGACGAAAUGCUUACAUUUAUCAUAUUAAUGCGAUGGCGAUAGCUACAAAUAUUUCCAGUUUGGCCCGUGUGGUCUAGCGGUGGAGCACAGGAUUCAUGAUCGUGAGGUUGUGGGUUUGAGCUCCGCCGUGGCCAUGCGUGUUGUGCCCUUGAGUAAGGCGCUUCACCUCAAUUACUCCUCUCAACCCAGGU